GUUCUCCUCUUUUGCGCACAAAUAUUCUCAUAACGUCAAUAAAUGUGCGAAUUCUCUCUGUCUAAUGCAACUUUUACGCAUCGUUUUGACGCACGAAACCAAUAGAUGUGACCCACUGACCCAGAUCAAGGUUAAUAAACUACUUUCAAACAUGAAGAAAAAUUCCCCUUAUGGCUGAGCUCGUUCAGUCUUUUCUGUGUUUACACUCGGCAGCCCCGAUUUCUCCCUCCACUUUGUACUCAUGCAUGCUGCAGGACUGCUAGUAUUGUUGGGCAGAGUGAUUGGGGUUUCUGUACAAUCUCCCGUGACCAAUGAGCGGGGUGCUGUCAGGGGUAACCACAUCUGUCAACCGUUCUUGGCCAAUAAAGAGCGGAGCGAGGCGGACCACAGGUGCGCGCCUCUGCGUCCCCUUGGCACAGCGCCCGGGAGAUGCUGGAGAGAGACGCCUAGCUGCCCCGUGGCGCAAAAGAGUUACUGUCAAAGGCAGCCUCCUUUUAACUCCAGCUAUCACUCUGGCUCCGAUAGUUAUGGCGACCGCAACGUCCAACCACUACAGCGUCCUCACCACCCCCAGCAGCGCGCCGCCGCCGCACUCGGAGUCCGGGAGCAUGCAGCAGGCGGCAGCGUACAGGGACGCGCACACCCUGCUCCAGAACGACUACAGCACGUUACCGGGCGGUGGACAUCCGCUCAGCCACGCGCACCAGUGGAUAACGGCGCUGUCUCACGGUGACAGCGGGGCGCCCUGGCCAUCCAGUCCCCUCGGAGAACAGGACGUGAAGCCCGUGCUGCACGACAGUGACCGAGAGGAGCUGCAGAACUCCAGUAGUCUGCAGCAGCAACAGCAACAGCAGCAGCAACAGCAGCAGCAACAGCGACACCCUCACCUAGCGCACCAGCAGGCGCAUCACGACGCCAGAGCAUGGCGAACCAGCACAGCCACCACGCACAUCCCCGGUAUGGCGACAUCUGAGGGCCAGAGCCUGGUGUAUUCCCAGUCCGGCUUCGGUCUGAUGCCGGGGGGAGAGCAAGGGGGGAUGCACCACCACCCCCUGCGGGAUGAGGACCACCACAGCCACAGCCCGCACCUCAGUGAACACGGAGGCGGCCCUGGGGCCCACCAGCAGUCUCUCUCACACCAUCACCAGCACGGGGGCCAUCAGGACCAGUCAGACGAGGACACGCCGACCUCCGACGAGUUGGAGCAGUUUGCCAAGCAGUUUAAACAGCGGCGCAUCAAGCUGGGCUUCACCCAGGCGGACGUAGGACUGGCUCUUGGGACGCUGUACGGAAACGUCUUUUCUCAGACCACCAUUUGCAGGUUCGAGGCGCUUCAGCUCAGCUUCAAAAACAUGUGUAAACUCAAGCCCUUGUUGAACAAGUGGCUGGAGGAGGCGGACUCCACCUCGGGGAGCCCCACCAGCCUGGAUAAAAUCGCAGCACAGGGAAGAAAAAGGAAAAAGAGGACCUCCAUCGAGGUGGGCGUCAAAGGGGCUCUGGAGAGCCAUUUUCUCAAAUGUCCAAAACCGGGAGCAGCGGAGAUCAACUCCCUGGCGGACAGCCUGCAGCUGGAGAAGGAGGUGGUGAGGGUUUGGUUUUGUAACCGGCGGCAGAAGGAGAAGAGGAUGACACCCGCUGGGGGACAGAUACCAGGAGGAGAGGACAUGUACGGGGACACCCCUCCUCACCACGGAGGACAAACUCCUGUGCAGUGACCCCAGUCCGGUUAUUCUGAGCAAAACACGGACCCCUCGCGGAGGUAUAAUUCCUUCCUUAUUUGUGUUGAUUCUCUGUGCUGGACCGCUCAGAACUGGACCUCAGCCAGUUUAAAUGUUGGACCCACGGACACACACAGUGGGGAUAUACAGUGGCACUCAAGCACUAAAAAUACGCAUAGCAGAGAGCUGUAUGGAGAGGUUUCAUGCCGCGGAACUGCCAAGCAUAUUGGGGAUACGGCUGGUGUGUGCUAACCAAAAGAAAAAAGAAAAAAAAGAAAAAAUCACAGCGACAUUGAUACGAAAUGCUUUUCUAUACCUUACUACCGAGGCGCCAGUGUGUCAUUAUGUAAUGUGUCAUUAAAGGGAGGCAGAGUGUGAUGUGGACACGAGGUGUCCGCCGGGGGGGGAAAAAAAUAGAAAAAACAAGCUUCGGGCUUGAUGAUAAGUCGCAGUCAGUGUGGGUAAAUAAACGCCAUCUUUCCAUCAUAACAAAAGCAACAGGGGUUCUUCGCAGCUUGUGGCAGGAGAGGGCUGAAAUGGCAGACACCUGCUGUACAAUGUUCAAAUAUAAAGCCAAUACCAGCUUAUCAUCAUCAUCAUCAUACAUUAUUAUUAUUGUCAUUAUUAUUAUUAUUAUUAUAUCACGAUCAAUCUAAAUUUAAUGUGAUAUAUUGACUGUCUGCAGUCAAAUAUAUCCAUAAUUUAUAUAUAAAUUAUAUACACGUAUCUUGUUUUAAUAUAGUAAAACAAAAAAAAAAAUACAGACCCUCCUAAAUAAUAAUAAUAAUAAUAAUAAUAAUAAUAAUAAUAAUAAUAAUAAUGUUACCAUAGAGACUGAGUAUUGAUUGACUUUAAUGCUUUCCUUUCUGUGCAGACAUUUCUGGGCGCCUGUUUACAGUGUGUUUUUGCUGUAUAUUAUGUUAUUUCUGUACUUUUCCAAAAUGCUGUGACGAGAAAGACCGAGACUGUCCGGCUGGAACACUCAAAGCAAUCCAGCCCAUUUUGCCUUCCUUUCCUAAGAAGAAAAAAAAAACGCAUAAAAAAGCAUUUUAAAAAAAAGAAGAAGAAAAACUGAAUAUAUCCUGGUACCAGCUCUGGCCGCAGUGGCUCUACUACUACUGUAUGACUCAUUCAUUCACCGAGAAGACUAUUUGUGGGAUGUAUCUCCAUUCGUUUUUUUGUAUGGCUUCGUUUGUAUGUUUGUUUGUUUGUUUGUUCCGUUUCUUCUCUGUCAGUCUGUGCCAAAGCACAAACACAGACACGUGUUCUUGUGCCACUUUAAUCCUGUGAUUAAUAACCUGAUCUGAUAGUGGAGGGUUAUGUGAGGGGGAAAUCCACCCAGCAUAGUUGGAGGUUUAUUCUCUGACUAAAAUUGAAAGAAUAAUGAGAAAUGCAGAAACACAAAUCCAACUGAAGGGUGUAGACGGCUGGAGAGAAAACAUACUAUUUAAACAGACUCGUGAUCUGAAUUUAGACGCUUCUGUGGGGCGUUUUUCAUUUCCAAAACUUUCUGAAUGUACUAGGCCCAGUUAACAAUGUUACAAUCCACAACCAGACAUUCCACUCCAUAUUUAAUUCUUUCAUCGCCAAUCAGUAAAAAAUAAGCAUAUCAAUAUUUUAAACCUUUUCUGCAUUCAAGGGUACAGUCUAUUACAUAAUAAUUACCCUUUGAUUUAAACAAGGCCUAAUAUUUCGCUAAUCCAAAAAUAUUAUUAUAAUUCUGACUACAUCACAUUAAUCCUUCAGCUGAAUUUGAGUUUCUGAGGUGGAGAAAAAAACCCAACAAAACCAAAACAAAAUAGCAUUGACCUGAAAUCUGUGAUCAAACGAUGAGGAAAAAAAAAAAAUCAAACGAUUGCACAAUUUCUAUAUGCUUUUUGUCAUUAAAUCGUAUUUGUUUUCUAUGA